AAAAAUUAAAGUAUACCAAUGAACACAUAAUAUGUAUGUUGAAAAGGCACAUGAAUAACCGGCUGUGACUACAACCGAUAACGAAGUAGAAGUUCGAGCGAAAGCCGCAGUUCAAUUUUAGUUUCAGUUCAAGAUUCGCAGUCGCAGUUUAGUUGUAUUUACAGUUCAGGAUUCAUAAUUUACCUAUUCCAUAUUAUCCUUGCAUCUCUACCUUUAACAAUAUUUAUUUAGUGAGUAACGAAAAGUUGUAAAAAUGGUAAAACCUUUGGAAAAAGCUUGUUGCUUGGAACUUCGCACCGCUGGUUACAUUAUUGGCUGGCUAGGAGUGUUUGAAGGCGUUUUGCUUUUACUCAUAGGGCUCGUUGGUUUGGGCUAUCCAAGCAUAUAUUCCGAGUUAAUCGGAUCGUCCACACACAAACAGAAUUUUAAAGAUGUGGCUACCUUAUUUUCCAUUAUCUUCAUUGUGUUGGCCUUCGUAGGUUUCGCUAUGUAUGGGUUGGUCAUCUACGGUAUAAAGGAGAACCAGGAUGCGAUGUUAAUUCCCUACUUGAUAUUGAGUGGAAUUAGCGCUACACUCAGCUUUUUACGAGUGUUGCUUAUCGCGUUUGACUUGGUUGCAGGAACGCACAACAUUUUUUACUUCUUUUUCUCAGUAUUUUCUUGCAUGUUUCAGAUCUUCACUUUCCGCGUGAUGUACUCUCUGUACACAACUAUUAAAAUGAACAUCUUAAACGGUCGUGUAUAGGUUCCGCCUUUCGCAGCAGCCGUACCAUUGCAACAAAACGUUCCCACCGCAUAUCCCCCAAUGACGUAUAUCCAACUACCUACCCCACCUAUAAUAAGGUAUAAGUUCGGGAAACCUCAUCUUUGUUACAUGUAUCGCCAUUUAUGGAAG